ACAGAGGGCCAGACUGGGCUGGCACCAUGGCCAAGUUCAGGCUGAGAGUGUCCACCGGGGAGGCCUGCGGAGCUGGCACUUGGGACAAAGUGUCUGUCAGCAUCGUGGGGACUCUGGGAGAGAGCCCCCCACUGCCCCUGGACCACCUGGGCAAGGAGUUCUCCGCCGGAGCUGAGGAGGACUUCGAGGUGACGCUCCCGAAGGACGUGGGCUCCGUGCUGCUGCUGCGCGUGCACAAGGAGCCCCCGCUGUUGUCCACCCUGCUCGGGUCGCAGCCCUCGGACGCUUGGUUCUGCCGCUGGAUCCAGCUGGAGCCGCCGCAGGGCGCCCCGCUUCUGUUCCCCUGUUACCAGUGGCUGGACGGGGCGAGCACCCUGGUGCUGCGGGAGGGCGCAGCCAAGGUCUCCUGGGCAGACGAACACCCCACCCUGGAGCAGCAGCGCCAGGAGGAGCUGCAGGCCAAGCAGAGGAUGUACUGGUGGAAGACCUACCUCCCAGGCUGGCCUCGCUGCCUGGAUGAGGAUUCUGUGAAAGACCUGGACCUCAAUGUCAAGUACUCUGUAGCCAAGAAAACCAAGUUUACCCUGAAACUUGGCUCCGGGAUUGCAGAGCUAAAACUCAAGGGGCUGCUGGACCGCACAGGGCUUUGGAGGAGUCUCAGGGAGAUGAAAAGGAUGCUCAACUUCCGGAGGUCUGCAGCAGGCGAGUACGCAUUAACACACUGGCGGGAGGACUCCUUCUUCGCCUCCCAGUUCCUCAAUGGACUCAACCCCGUCUUGAUCCGCCGCUGUCGCUCUCUCCCAGAGAACUUCCCGGUCACCGAUGUCAUGGUGGCCCCAGUGCUGGGCCCUGGGACCAGUCUGCAGGCUGAGUUGGAGAGGGGCUCCCUGUUCUGGUGGAUCACAGCAUCCUCUCCGAUCCAAACCAAUGUCAUCAAUGGAAGGCCUCAGUUUUCCGCAGCGCCAGUGACCCUGCUGUACCAGCCCCCAGGAGGUGGACCCUUGCUGCCCCUUGCCAUCCAGCUCAGCCAGACUCCCGGGCCCAGCAGCCCCAUCUUCCUGCCCAGCGAUGAGACGUGGGACUGGCUGCUGGCCAAGACCUGGGUGCGCAAUGCUGAGUUCUCCGUGCACGAGGCCCUCACACACCUGCUGCAGGCGCACCUGCUGCCCGAGGUCUUCACUAUGGCCACGCUGCGCCAGCUGCCCCGCUGCCACCCGCUCUUCAAGCUGCUGAUCCCACAUACAAGGUACACCCUGUACAUCAACACCCUUGCUCGACAGCUGCUCAUUGCCCCCGGGCAGGUGGUGGACAGGUCCACAGGCCUUGGCGUGGAAGGCUUCUCGGAACUGAUCCAGAGGAACAUGCAGCAGCUGAGCUACUCUAGCCUGUGUCUGCCUGAGGACAUCCGGGCCCGCGGCGUGGAGGACAUCCCAGACUACUACUACCGAGAUGACGGCCUCAGGGUCUGGGCGGCAGUGGAGCACUUCGUCUCUGAAAUGAUUGGCAUCUACUACCCAAGUGAUGCCUCUGUCCUAGACGACGGAGAACUCCAGGCCUGGGUGAGGGACAUCUUCUCCAAUGGUUUCCUAGGCCGGGAGAGCUCAGGAGUGCCCUCCUCUCUGGACACCCGGGAAGCUCUGGUCCAGUAUAUUACCAUGGUGAUAUUCACCUGUUCAGCUAAGCACGCAGCGGUCAGUUCAAGCCAGUUUGAUUCCUGUGUUUGGAUGCCCAAUUUGCCAUCCACCAUGCAGCUGCCGCCACCGACUUCCAAAGGUCAGGCAACACCGGAGGGUUUCAUAGCCACCCUCCCGCCAGUCAAUGCCACGUGUGACAUCAUCAACGCGCUCUGGUUGCUGAGCAAGGAGCCUGGAGACAGACGGCCCCUUGGCACAUACCCAGAUGAGCACUUCACAGAGGACACCCCAAAGCAGAGCAUCGCCGCCUUCCAGAACAGACUGGCCCAGAUCUCCAGGGACAUCCAGCAGCGGAACCAGGGCCUGGAACUGCCUUACACCUACCUGGACCCUCCCCUCAUCGAGAACAGUGUCUCCAUCUAAACCUCAAAGAACAGGUUCCCACAGGACAUUUUUUUCUUUGAUCACUUUCCUCUCGACUAACUGACAACCACAGAAAAGAACUUCCCAGAAAAAAAAAGUCUCUCUAUGCCUCUUCUGGGGCAACCAAACCCCAUAUAAUUCAUUCCAGCCUUCUGCACAGGUGUCUGCACAGGUGUCUACACAGGUAUCUGCACAGGUGUGCAGGUGCACGCACCCACACACACACCAGGAAAACAAAAUCAAAAGAGAGCUAGGCACAGUGGUGCAUGACUAUAACCCCAACUACUGGGGUGCUGAAGGAGGAUCACAAGUUUGAGGCCAGGCCAGGGAUAUAUCUCAGUGGCAUAAGCGCCUUCCUGGAAAGCAUGAGAUCCUAAGUUCGAUUCCAGGUACAAAAAAAAAAAACAAGUUUGAGGCCAGUCUGGGCAACUUAGUGAGACCCUGUCUCAGAAUAAAAAGGCCUGCAAGGGAGCAGAUGGGUAGCUCAGUGGUAAAGUGUUUGCCUAGCAUGUCCAAGGCCAGGACUGCUUUAAAAACAGUACAGAGAACAGACCCUCCUGGGACAGUACCACAAAGCCCUUAGAGACUUCUCAAUCACGUGACUCAAGAGAAGCCAACCAUAUAGGCUGCUCAGAACUUCCCCCAGGUGAACUCGAAACCCAGUUUCCUUCCCAGAGAAUUAGAAAAUAUUACUAUAAUCAGUAGUCAGCACUUCUAGAUUGUGCCUUCAGCAAAGGAACUUCAACAUUUCGUAUAAAUUCUUUAAUUCCAUUUUUUCUCCCCUGGGGAGCUCAGAGUCAGAGAGCAUUCAUGUCACCUUAAUGAUUUUCACCUCUGUCGCUUAUUCAGCUAUUAAUUCUUUGGGGUUUUAGUUAUGCUAAAAUAUUUAUGAUGGAAUAAUGGGUGGAAGGCAAUUCAGAGGCUGUACCUAUGUGUGUACAACCAGCAGGCUCAGUGGACUAGAAUUCCGGGAAGGACAGUGUGCCAUGGCAGGCAGCACCUGAAUAAUUCCCUGCUUGUUGAGACAGCACCAGAAAGGAUUUUGAGCUCUGGGUCUGUUCAAAUUCUUUGGUUUUAUCCUAGAAACAGUUCCUACUCACAGAAACCAAUAAAGGACGUCCUGGUUAUAAAACUGAGAGCUUGGAGGAAUUGAAGUUAAACUCUACCAUCUCAGGAAAGACCAGACAUUCCAGGGAGGUCUGGAUAACCAGGGCACGAGAACCAAUACACAUUCUCCCAGCCCCCCCACCAUUCUCUGUCCUUGAUUUACCUCCCUUGUCCAGGUGUGGUGGUGCACACGUGUAACCCCAGCACUCAAGAGGCUGAGUCAGGAGGAUCUCUGUGAGUCUGAGGCCAGCCUGGGCUACAUGGUGAGUUUAAAAUCAGCCUGAGUCACAGAGUAAGACUAUCUCAAAAAGAAAAAGAAGGGGAUGGAGAGAAGAUGGCAGAUAGAUAACAGCAGCUACGGAGGCUCUCUGAGAUAGCCAGCUUAGAUUCCAGGAAUGGCACGGUGUGGGGAGUCCUAAGCAGGGGGAGGUAUACCCUGCCAACCCAGGAGUGAACUAAGCUGAGAGAAAACAAUCAGAAAUGCAAUCCUGGUGCUACGAUUGGAACCGCUAAAGUCUCAGUGCCGCCGCAGAAACCCGCGGCUUGAGUUCCCUGCCACUGCUGCUGCAUCUGAAUCUGCACAGCUGGGAUAGAGAAGCGAACACUCUGAAAAUGGGAUUCGGCAAGCCGAAUUGAGAGCAGAGCUGGCGGGGAACCCUGCAUCGACCUGUGGUGAGUGAGAGGAACUGGGACCUUUCCAUAGACAAGGAGGCUCCAACAGAGGACAUUCUGGGACCGGGCAGACUGGCCGGAACAGGGCGCUGCAGUAACUUCAGUCACAUAUUCCCUUCUCAAGUGGGAUUGGUGGAGAGUGCUUCACCUGGGUGGCGCCAGGGACUGAGGCCCAAUAGGUUAGCCCAAACCAGGUCCCUGCACCUGGCAGUGAAUCCUAACGCAAUAAAGCCUUCAGUAGGUUGACCCGGAGGGGCGGGCCCAGCAUAGGCUGCCCAGGUCUGUACCUCCUAGGACACUGCAGUGGGGAGGACCACCUAGUCAGCGUGCUUCAGACAAACUGAAACCAACAAAGAAAGAAGCUGGGCCUCCAAUAUAUGCCUGUAUGGAAGGAACAAAAAAUACGAGAAGAGGAGGCAACAAGAAAGGGUCCUUAGUCCCCAGUCCUGAGAACACUGAUCCAGGAAAGGUAAAUGCAAAGCAGAAUGAGGACAGAAAACAUGCAAUAUCAGACAUGGCGCCAACAGACAUAAAGUGAUAUCUCCGGGACCUCAUAGACGAGUUCAAAAGUGAAGUAUUUAACCAAGUAAAGCAAGAUGUAAGUAGAAUAGUUAAAGAAAUGCUAAGCAGCUCCCAAGAAAAAACAGAUGGUAGAAUGGAAGAACAGAAAAAGAGGGGAGAAUUGUUUGAUGGAGAAAAUAUAGAAAACAUAGAAUAUGUGAAGCAGGUUCAAAGAGAUUACCAGGAAACUAAAAACUCUAUUGAAAGCUGGCAUAACAGCUUGAAGGAAACUAAGGAUAGAUUAUCUGAACUGGAGGACAGGUUUGUAAUGUGGGAGCAUAAAAGGAAAAAAAUUCUUAAAAAUAACAAGGAAACAAGCAGUAACAAUACAAAGGCUAGAAGAUGAUAAGAGGAUCUAUAACUUAAGAAUAAAGAAUGUGAGAGAAGAAGCAGGGGUACAAACAAAGGAGCUACAAAGGCUAUUCACAGAAAUAAUCAAGGAGAACUUCCCAAACAUAGGAAAAGGGAAAGAUGCUCAGAUGUAUGAAGCAUACAGAACUCCAGCCACCUACAAUCAAAACAGAACUAUACCCAGGCACGUAAUAAUCAAGAUUUCAGAAAUCCAAUAUAAGAACAGAACAUUAAAGGCUGUCAGAGACAAGAAACAGAUCACUUACAAGGGAACACCCAUCAGAAUUACAGCAGACUUCUCAGCACAAACCAUCAAAUCUCAAAGAGCAUGGGGGGAAAUAAUUCAAGCCUUGAAAGACAAUAACCUCCAGCCAAGAUUGAUACAUCCUGCGCAACUGUCCCUAGAAAUUAAUGGAGAAACAAGAUGCUUCUAAGAUAAAGAGGAACUGGGGGAAUUCGCAGCCACCAAUCCAACUCUAUAGAGAAUACUGCAGGACAUUCUAAAGAGAGAGAAAAGUACCAGGAUUCCAGAAACAGUGGCAGAGAGGCCACAAUGAAUGGAGCAGAAAGCAAAAUGAAGAAGACAAACUGACAACUAAUGACAGAAAAAGAGCUCAACAGAAAUGAGGCAAAGAAGGUUGGAUAUAAUUUCUAAUAUAGAUGGCCUAGAUGCAUUAACUUAAAGGAAAAAAGAGAGAAUCGCAGGCAGAGUGGAUCAAGAGGUAGGGUCCACCGAGAGACUCUUUAUAGGAAAUAUAAUUGGCCUGGAGAAGGUUUUUAUAGACCAAAAUCAAAUAUGAGCAAAUGGAACUUGAUGUGAUAGGGAACCAGAGAGUGAUAGGGGUAACUAGACCAGUAUUUAUGGAUAGUUGAACAGACAGGCUUUAAUAAAUGAAGAAAUAUAACUAGAAAUCCAGCCCAGGAAUGAGAAAGUUCAAAAAUACUUAGGUAAAUAGCAGGUUGCCCCCCACCCAAUAUAAAAUCAUGAAUGAUGGGGAGACCCGAAAAUACACAGUUCAUUCUGGGGGAGUAAAGGGGAGGAAUAGCCUUCAGGAAAAAAAACCAGCAGAAGAUACAGCUAAGAGUGUAUCCGGAAUUAAAACCUUUAUUACUCGCACCACUCUGCUUGGAUGGAACUUGUUCCGUCCUAGUUUGUAUACAAGCACUGGCUGUGCAGAGCACAGACAGCUGUCCCGAAGAUAUCAGGACAUAGCACAGUGGUCAUCUUCAGUUUCCUAUUAACUCAAUCAGGAUCCCUGUAUGACUUACACUGUUGUAUCAUGAUUGAUCUUAGUUAAAUCUGACUUGUUUGAAUACUGCUUAUUAUUGACAGAUUUUAUUCAAAACUGUUAGGUUGCUGGUAUCGAGUUGAGGAGUAUAGACAACUAUAUUGAAAAUGACAAUGAUUCACCACAAUAUCCAUUCUGAUUUGAUUACUACCUGUUUAUGUAGCUCUACACUAUCUACAAAGUUGUAUUUCUGUUAAUUCUGUUAUGUGCUGAUGUGUUCAAUUAUACUUUAUCUGAUGAUAUAGCCAAUUCUGUUGAUGGUAACAAGAAACAGCACAGUGACCAUGGUAGAACUCCUUAUACAGCAGAUUUAUAUGUCUUUUUAGUUUUAUGUGUCUAUAGGAAAAAGUUUAGUUCUGUCCUGCUUUGUUCUGUCUCUCCCUCUAAUAUAGAAAGGAUAGAAAUACAUGUUAAGGCUCAUGCUUGCGUAAAACCUAUAAACAGUUUAUGAGAGCUGAUCUUAUGACACAUGAUGAAAUGAACAAAUACUUUGAAGGAAAGAAAGGGGCACUGCAGUACCCAGAGUGAUUCCGGAGUGUUAUGAUGUGAAGUCCAGCAAUAUUAUUAAUCUUUGUUCAGGAGGAUUUUAAUCUAAUAAGUUGUGUUAGGUCUCAACAUAAAUGAAGAUAUGGAUAAAUGCGUACAUGUCUAAGUGUAUAGGAUUGAUAGCCAUAAUACUUAGUCUUUGUUGGAUAGUUGAACAGAAUGAUUUGCAGUCUCCCUGGUUGAAUUCCCAUUUAUAUGUUCCACUUUUGUAUCUUGAACAAUUAUUUGUGGGGGGACAAUAUGUAAACAUUAACUAGUGAUUUAUUACUGUUUAUUUCUUUUCUUUGAGAGUAGUACUAUUUCUACCCAUUUUAUAUUCUGUUUUAUCUUUCUUUAAUAAAAUAAAAUUUAAAAAUUUAAAAAAAGAAAAAAGAAAA